GAUUGUAUGACCCGCGCUGGCCAGGAUAUCCAAAAUUACCCGACACAUUACAGAAAAUGACCGUCCUUCUUAUGCUUACUUGAACAUUAUAGAAAAACCGCGAGCAUUUUCCUGUCCCAGCCAAUGGGACUCUGAGGAGAAGAGUAUAAAAUACCAGGGGACCUCAGUUCCUCCUCAUCUCCAGGAUCUCCUCAUUCAUCCAGUCUACUGUGAGGAAGAACCUUCCCUUCUCCACCAUGAUGAGGGCCCUGAUCGUGUGUUGUGUCCUUCUCACUGUCCUGGUGGCAGCUGGACAAGCCCAAGGAGAUGGACAGUUCGUCAAACUGUGCGGCCGAGAGUUCAUCAGAGCGGUCAUCUACACCUGCGGAGGGUCCAGAUGGAGGCGCUCCCUGGUUGGGAAUCCCCAAGACAUGGCUGACCGGGAGAAUUUCUUUGCUUUCCAUGCUGGUAACACAAAGGGGAGCGAGCCCCUGCAAUACCCAGCCCAGAAGAUGACCUCCCAGGUGGGCUAUGAGGACCUCCAGCAGACAGGAUCUUUGGGAGAAGUUUGGGGGUCUCAGAAAAACUCCAUCCAGCAGAGACGUGACCUGGACGAGCUGCUGACCACAGCCUGCUGUAGGACCGGCUGCAAGAAAAAGGACUUGAACUCCCUCUGCUAGGCGGCCAGCUCCAAAUGGCAUGUUAGAUUGGUAACAGGGCGUGUCCUCUGUCACAUGUCACAUCUGUAUGACCACACCCACCUCAGUGUCGGUGCCGAUAAUUCUGUAUCACGAACGUGUUUGAUGAUGAUUUGUAAAACUCCAGACCCCAUUGUCAUAUCUCUGUACAGAUAACCAAUAAAUAUUAUUAUUUGCUGGAAUGA